AUGAUCGCUACAACUGAAGCCACCAUUAAUUCAUCGUUAAUCGUUGAUGAUACAAUGGAAAAACUGAACUAUUUGAAAAGUAUUUAUUCAUGGCUUAUUCCUGUGAUGAUCGUCAUACUUACGCUCUGUUUGAACGAGGGAUCUGAUUAUUUGAGCACUCAUCGUUACCGUAAUGAAAUAUGCCGUAUCAGAAGUUACCAUAACACCCUUGUUACUACUUUACGCGUCGAAUUUCAGUUGGCUAUACUAGGAAAUGGAUUGAUUGUACUGUCAGCUCCGUUGCUUACAUCACCAGUUUCACCAUAUCUGAAAUUAUGCAUCAGCCUUGCAGCUGCAGAUAUAUGUGUCGAUGCAUGGUUGGAGAUGUUUCGUGUAUCUGGUAUGCUCACAUCGGACAUGCACCUCUUCGCUUUAGCUAUCAAUCAGUUCUUUGGGACGAUGUGGCCGCUCAAAUAUAAGGUGAUGGUGACAACGCGACGUAUUCGAUGGAUUGUUUUUAGUUUGUGGAUUGUGCCAUUGUUGUUCGUAUUUUCCUGGUUUAUUUCGGGCGAAAACGAUGGAUUACGUCAUGAGAGCUGCAACAUGCUGUUCUACAAUCGAUUUCCGUUUCGUAUAACAAUUUUCCUCAUUUUCAUCGUACCGUUGUUGGCCACACUUCUCAUUUACGGACUUAUCCUGUCCAAGUUGCUGAAAGCAAAAGCCGAAUUCGAGAUGGUCACCAGCGAACGACGAACCAUUGCUCGUCGGUCGAACGUGCAGUCAAAGCUGAAACUCGUCUGGACCACGCUGCUCAUCGUGUCAACGUUUUCACUCAGUUGGGGUCUUUGCGUCCUUUACUUCGUGCUGGUUUGCGUUGACGGUUGUCCGUUUACGUAUAAUGUAUCACUCAACUUCUACCUCGGUUUAUUCCUCAAUUCUACAGUCAAUUGCCUAGUGAGUUUUUUUUCAACUAGUCAUGAUUGA